GUUCGCAAACGGCAGCAGCCACGUUUAGAACGGGAACGACAGGAGUCGCACAACACAAUUUUUCCGAAAGUUUUCUCACAUUUUCACGGUGAUUCAGUUUGUCCGCAAAAGGUUCGAUUUCAUCAUACAGAUUCAUCGCGAGUAAUUCGUGUGGAUUUACUACUCAGUGUGCGUGUUCGAAAAACCAAUCACCGAAAUGGUUCUGGAUCUGGAUUUGUUUCGCAGCGAUAAAGGCCAUGACCCGGCCAAAGUGCGGGCGAACCAAGAGCUUCGCUUCAAGGAUGUAGGCCUGGUGGAGACCGUCAUCGAGCAAGACGUCGAGUGGCGUAAGUGCCGCUUCAAUGCGGAUAACUUCAACAAGCUGAAAAACCUUUGCAGCAAGGAAAUCGGCGAAAAGAUGAAAAAGAAAGAACCACAGGGAGCGGAGGAUGAACUGGUGCCAGAGGAGCUUGCGAGCAAUUUGCUCGAGUUGAAAAGCGAAGAUCUGAAAAAGCUGACGGUGAAUCAGAUUAAGAAGGUAAGAGGGUUAAUUGACUCCGCGGUGGUCGAAAACGAGAAAAACUUGAACGAGGCAGAAGGAAAAAGGAAUUCGGCUCUACGGGAAGUAGGAAACCACCUGCAUGAGAGCGUUCCCGUCAGCAACGACGAAGACGAAAAUAAGGUGGAGCGUACCUUCGGAGAUUGUGAAAAGAGACUUAAGUAUUCUCACGUCGAUUUGAUUGUAAUGAUUGACGGUAUGAACGGUGAGAAAGGAGCCGUUGUUUCAGGUGGUCGCGGGUAUUUUUUGACCGGUCCGGCUGUGUUUCUCGAACAAGCUCUGAUUCAGCAUUCUUUGCACAUUCUUUACGCCAAGGGGUACACCCCACUUUAUACGCCGUUUUUUAUGCGGAAGGAAGUUAUGCAAGAAGUGGCUCAGCUGUCCCAGUUCGAUGAAGAACUGUACAAAGUAGUUGGAAAGGGAAGUGAGAAGACGGAGGAUGGUGGAAGCGACGAGAAGUACUUGAUUGCGACUUCUGAACAACCAAUCGCAGCUUAUCACCGAGACGAAUGGAUUCCGGAAGCAUCUCUACCGAUUAAGUAUGCAGGAUUGUCCACCUGUUUCCGACAGGAGGUUGGUUCGCACGGGCGCGAUACCCGUGGUAUUUUCCGAGUUCAUCAAUUUGAGAAGAUCGAACAGUUUGUUCUGACUUCUCCACAUGAUAACAAAUCGUGGGAAAUGAUGGACGAGAUGAUUGGCAAUGCAGAACAGUUCUGUCAGUCACUGGGAAUUCCCUAUCGUGUUGUCAAUAUCGUUUCUGGAGCUCUCAAUCACGCAGCCUCGAAGAAGCUUGACCUGGAAGCUUGGUUUGCUGGUUCCGGGGCAUUCCGAGAACUGGUUUCCUGCAGCAAUUGUUUGGAUUACCAAGCGCGCCGGUUAUUGGUGAGAUACGGUCAAACUAAAAAGAUGAACGCUGCCGUAGAUUUUGUCCAUAUGUUAAAUGCAACCAUGUGUGCUACGACGCGAGUCAUUUGCGCCAUUCUGGAAACGCAUCAAACGGAAACAGGAGUUAAGGUACCGGAACCACUAAAAAAAUACAUGCCUGAGCAAUACCGCGACGAAAUUCCAUUUGUAAAACCCGCUCCGAUCGAACUAGAAGCGGCUGCCGCUGCUGCUAAGAAGGACAAAAAAGGAGGCAAGAAGGAAGGAGCUGGCGCAUAAUCAACGAACACCAUGACCAGUAAGAUAUAUCUAAGAGGAAAGCAUUUACCGUUUGCAAAUUGCAUCAAAUUUGUCGCUGUUAGAACGAAGGGGAAGUUAAUUAAUUUAUCUCAAUUUAUCGCUGAUUAAGAAUUACUUUUAAAAUCCGUUAAUAAAUCUUACGCAUAAGCUUUGGGUUGCUUUCUGAGGCAA